AUGCCUUCGCUGAUGAGCCAACCGCCAUUCAGCAUUUUGAGCGUGCCCUUAUUCUACGUAAAUGCUGUGGAAAAGCAGAUAGGUGCACGGAUUUGGCUUGGUGUUAGUCGGAAGCGCCGCUUGACACGCAGCGAAUGUUUUGAUUACGACGAGUUGCCGAUGGAAAGUGCCAUUGAUUCGUCGGACAGCCAGGAAAAGAACGCCGUAUCGCAGUUUCGACAGCAACGGGUUCUCAAGGGUUUGUAUUUCAAAGAUGGUAAGCGGAGGAUAGAUUAUGUUUUGGCUUAUGAAAAUGACGAAACGGAAGAUGACGAUCCCUCCAGCACACAAAUCAUGGAUGAAAUUUCUCCGACUUCCCGGGUAAAAGGAAGCAAAAAGGCAGCAAAACGACAGCAGUAUGAGGCAAAUUUGAGGUUAUUGGGUCUGGAAUUGGAGCACGUCAGUGGAACGGUACCUCUUUUUGUUCUCACCCCCUAA